AUGGCGACUAAGCGAGUGAGCUUGGAUGAAAAACGUUCACGUAUGCUGCAAUUAUUUUAUGAAAAGAGGGAAUUUUUCACGUUAAAAGAAUUAGAAAAAAUAGCACCCAAGGAAAAAGGAAUCGUUGUGCAGUCGGUCAAGGAUAUUGUUCAAGCUCUAGUUGAUGAUGGAAUUGUUCAAUCAGACAAAAUUGGAUCUGCUAUUUACUUUUGGGCUUUUCCUGGAGAAAAUAUUACAACAAUCGAGAAAAGAAUUGCGGAGACGGGAAAAAAUAUCCUGCUAAAAGCCAAAGAAGCCGAAUUAAAGUCACAGGUCGCCAAGUUCAGCGAGUAUGAUCCUGAAGUGAUUGAACAAUUGUCCCAAAAAACUGAGAAAUAUAAAGAAGCAGCAAAUACGUGGACGGAUAAUAUUUUUGCAAUCCAAAGCUGGUGUAAAAACAAGUUCGAUAUAAAUACAGAGACUCUCAACAAACAGUUUCAUGAGCCCAAUGCCAACAACAAUUUGGAGGAGCAAGCUCAGUACAAUCAUAGCCAGAGAAAGAUAAUGAAAAGGAUGGUUGGUGUACUGCAUGACAUAGCGAAGCUGAUUGGCGUUUGCGGAUAUCAAAGCGAGGUCCAUCAUACCUUGGGCCAAAGUUUUCUUCUGUUGAUAAACAUUAACGUCAAACACAGAACCAACAACUGAUCCAGAAUUGAUAGACGGACGCCCGUGCCCGUCGAAGAUAGUGUCAUAAACAUCCAU